UGUCCCCCAAGACUGGCCCAGGAGAAGAGCAGCUCUCCCUUCUAUGGGAGCCAGGUGGCCUCAGGGCUACACUGGGAGGUAGCAUCCACAGAAGGUGGGUGACAGGACAUCACUGGACACCUACAGGUACCUGUAUCCAGGUGUGCUCAGUGCCACAUCUAGGCUUCUACAAGUCUGUGAGCCACUGUGUCCUCAAGUGGCCCUGCUUCCUGCUCUCAAGAAAAUAUGGCACGGGCUAGGGAAGAAGCAGGGGACAGCCAGCUGGUAUCUGGUGGGGAGCCAUCAUCACGCAUCAUCAGAGUGUUUGUCAAGACCCCACAGGACUGCCAGGAAUUUAUGUUGGCAGAAAAUAGCAGCGUCUACCUCUUCAAGAAGGAGAUCUCCAAACGCCUUCAUUGUGACAUUGAUCGACUGGCACUCAUCUUCACUGGAAAGAUACUCCGUGAUCAAGAUAUACUGAGCCAGCGUGGCAUCCUUGAUGGCACUACAGUCCACUUGGUGGUGAGGACCCAUUUGAAAGGAUUAACGGGCCCUAGAACUCUGUCAGGUCCCACAGGUCCCACAGGUCCCAUCCAUCAUCCUGAGCCAUCAGCCUCUGAAGGUACUGGGGCACUAGCUAUGCUGGGCCAGCUGGCCCGGAGUUUGCCUGAUCUAGCUGACUUAUUUGGUCAAUUGACUCAACUCCUGAUGGCUGCACCUGGGUCUGUGGUGCAGUUCUUGGAAGAUCCUCUAGUUCAAAGCUUGGCAAGUGAGAAACCAGUCAAUGCCGGCCAUGUUCCAGAAUCCUCAAAGCCCAAACAGAAACGUGAGUCUGCUUUUAAGGCUCUGGAAACCUUGCAGAACCCAGUCCAGCAACAAGCAUUCCUACAAGCAGACAGGCAGAGGCUAGAGGCCUUGAAGGCAGUGCCAGGGGGUGACAAUGCUAUGCGUCCAGUCUGCUCUGACAUCCAGCAACUCAUGCUCUCCACGCUGGCCCUAUUGUCUGCCUCCAAGGGCCAUAGUCUAGGCUCAGAAUCUUGCAGAGGGGAAGCCAGUACUAAGAACAGUGCUGACAGUAACACAACCAUGCCCACUGCUUCUGCACAUGCCAAGACGUUGGUAAGAGAGGUCAGUGCAAGAGUGGAUGCCCAGGUCAGGGAGAUGGCCUCAAAUCAGCCCAAUUCAGGGUGUAGGACUGGAGCUCAGGACUUAAACUCAAGCCAGGAUCUUCCCACCCAGAACAGUCAGCAGAUGGAGAAAGUCACUCCCGCCAGUCAGCUAAAGCUCUCACCCUCUCUUUUGUGUCAAGUCUUAAAUACCCUGGAGCACAGUCCAGCUCUGUUACACCAUCUAGCAGUUGUCAGCCCUCUGAGACAUCAUAUGCCACUACUUCCCAUCCUCACCAACCCUCGAGCACUGCAGGCACUGAUGCAGAUAGAACAAGGCCUACAGAUACUCUCCAGGGAGGUGCCUGGGCUGAGACCAUUCUUAUGGAAUCCAGCUAUUCUAGGGGACCCAGCUAGAUCACGGCGUGCUAUAGGCAUCCUUGAAACUGUGGCUGGAAGACAAGGUCAUAGAGAAGACCCUGUGCAGUCCACCUUGGUCAUUCUUCAGCUCCUCCAUGCACUGGCCAAUUCCUAUUCCCAGAUGAGAAAGUAAGGUAUGAAGAAGUUAACAGAAUUCACAGCUGCUAUGUGGCAAAGAGGAACUUUGGAACUGACCAGCAGAUGGUAAUACAGUCUAUGCAUUUGCUGCAGUGGGGACCACAACCAUCCACGGACUACAGAGUCAAAUAAGCACUGCCAGAGCUACCACCAAGGUGACAUUGACCACUGGGAGCCGAAGCCAUGGAAAAGAUGCAAUCGGUGGUGGAGACUCUGACUGUAGCAGAGUUGGAAUGAGAGACAUACCCUAUAACUGUCAUGCUUCCCAAUAGAUGAAUCACUCUGAAAGUCAACUGUCUUGGGAGUUUGGAACAUUCUUCAGGUAAUCAUUGGAGAUCUGUGAUAUGGAGGAAAUCCUCAGAAGAGUGACCAGUUGAUUUGCAAACCUUGGUAGAAUAAAGCCCAAUCGAUUUGCCUUAC